CUACUUGUCUGUCAAUUUUUGACAAUGACAAAUGUCAAAUUAGAUUGUGAGUGAAAGAAAUUGCUUCAAGAGUUCACGUGAACGGACGCCCGUCGUUAAGGGAUAAAUACGAUUAAUAUUAAUUUACUGAAACCCCGCCGAAAUGAGCGAUAACGAAAAGGAAGAAGCUGCUAAUUUGAAGGAGGAAUUUGAAUGGGUAUUACGUGAGGAAGUUCAUUCCAUAUUACAUCAGCUGCAUUCGGUUUUAGUGGAGUGUGCUCAUCGGUUCCCGGUGCCUCUGUAUGGCAACGAGGGCCAGAAGCAGGAUAAGUUCAUCCUUACCUCUCAGCCGGAACAACUGAAAUGCAUCGUCACAUUGACCGGAGAUAGUAUUACACAUGCUGACAUAAGCUUUAAGGUGCUACGUCAGAUGCACACGAUAUGUCGUACGUCAAUCAACCAGGAUGGGCCGUGGAAGCUGCAGCAAAUUCAAGAUGCUGCCAACCAUCUGCAGCAAGCUAUCGGAUACAUUGACAAUGUGGAUAAGCAUUAUGUGUUUAGAUCAUCUGAAGAGGUGUUGCACAUAAUCCAAUGCUUAAUUGGAUCACUGCAGAGAGCUCGAACUGCCUUAGUGUUGCCCAAGAAAAAAGCAAUUGAUGAGCUUAUGAAAAGUAGAAAUAUGAAAACAAAUUUUCCCUUUCAGAAAGCGUUGUCACCAAACCUACCUGAAGACCUAGCGAUAUCCUUCUACAUUCAGUCGCACAAGUUGAUUUUUGUGGCGUAUCAGUUAAGUUCUGUGCACGGGACGAUGCGGAUCGACUCUUGUCAGGCGGACUGCGCCGUUCCUUGGCUGAGCGAUGUGCUGUUCAUGCUUACAGCCGCAUUGCAUAUGUGCCAGCAGCUUAAAGAUAAGCUCUGUGUUUUCUCGCAAUACAAAGAUUUCACAGUGGGAUCAAGAUCUGCCUCUAUGGUGUUAAACUAACUACUAUGUUACCGAUGUUACCUACGUAUUUAAUUAUUGAACGAAAUAAGUACGUUUGUACGUAUGUGUAUUUAUUUAAUUAUAGUUAUCGAGUCCAUUGUUGAUAUUCUUGUUGAGUAUGUUGUAAUAUAAUGUAUAAUAACUUAUUUAGGUAUAAAAUAAGCGGGGUUACGGUUCUGUGUUUAAUUUGACGAACGGUUGUUUGGAAUACUUCUAUUGUUCACAAUCUAUGAAGUGAUUUUCUUUUCGCUGCGUUUGUAAUUUUGACAUUAAUAUAUACAGGGUGUUAGUGACAUCGUAACGAAUACUGAGGGGGAUGAUUCAGACCAUGAUUCUGAGUUAAUAUCAAGUGGAAUUUUCCGUCGCAAUAUUCAUGUUUUUUUUUAGUUUUUUUAAUUAUUUUUAAUUCUAUACUUUUGCGAUCGAAAAUUCCACUUGAUAUUAACUCAAAAUACUGAGCUAAAUCAGCCCCCUCAGUAUUCGUUACAAUGUUACUUACACCCCUUACCAGUACUACAGGUAGCCAUACAAGUAGGUGUGGGUGUUAGUGACACCGUAACGAAUACUGAGGGGGAUGAUUCAGACCAUGAUUCUGAGUUGAUAUUAAGUGGAAUUUCCGGCCGAAAUUAUUAUUAUGUUUUUUUAAAUUAUUUUCCGUUCCAUACUUUUGCGACGGAAAAAUCCACUUGAUAUCAACUCAGAAUCAUGGCCUGAAUCAUCCCUCAAAGUUUUCGUUACGAUGUCACUAACACCCUGUAUAAUAUUUCUAACAUUACGUAAUAUCUCUCUAUUAAUGUAUUAUUUUUCUUGCUAAAGUCUACUUAAGGGGUGAGAUCGUAACGGGUGAGAAUGUAAAAGAGGUUCAAGUUUUUCAAAUUAAACACAUAGCCAAAUGAUGUGGACAGCCUAGUUCAAAUCUAUUUAUUUUUGGUGCUUUUAUUAGUUUUACUAGAGCAAUUUUAUAGCCAGAAAUCAGCUACUCCAUCACAUAAAUACAUCGUAUAAGAAUCAGGAGGCUAAUAUAUUGAAAUGCCAUAGCAAUGCUGUGCGUAUUAUAAGUUAUUAUUAUUGUAAUAGUUUGUAUUAUACAGUUUGGUAAAAAAGAGUAGAAAUAGAAAGCGAAUCGAGUUUACUUUUUUAAACAGCAAUUAUAUAUUUCGAUCUUUUUCAAUUCUCGUCAAGGUUCUUAAUCUCCGCGUUUUUAAUCGACAGUAGCUGCUGACAGCUAAAGCGCUAUAAUUUUACUCUUUUGCGGACUGUAUUUUUAUUUAGUUUCCAAACUAGAUCUGAAGGGUAAUGAAUGGAGGCAACGGGAAGCAAUAAAGCUUCGAUUUUAAUCUUCAAUACGUGUGUAUACUUUAAGUGAUGUUAGGUAUUGUAACAGCACACAAAAUUGCAAUUCUUCGAAUGCAUGUAGUCAAUUAAGGUAUAAAUAUGAUAUGAGACUAUGGAAUAGUGUAUUCGGUUGAUAGGAUCAUACAUAUUUUUAUUUAACCAUUGCACUGUUCAAAGUAUGUAAGUAGUUAAUGGGAGUUGAAGCCCAAUAAUCCACUCAACUUUAAUAAAAAGCCAGAAAAAUAUGACAAAAUACUAAAGUUAUAUAAGAACCUUAAAUAGAUAAAAAUCACACAAUUUAACGCCAGUUUAAAUACAACUUAUUUUUAUUUGUAACAAGUUAAAAAUAAACUGAAAACAUCAAAAUAUUUUGAUUUGUUGAAGAAUUGUAUUCAUUACGUAAUCAAAUCACCGAUUAUUUUGCACGAGGGAUUUAUUAAUAAACAUCCCUAUGUUAAUAUGGCCAUAAAACUAGGAUAAUAAUAAUAAAUUCAAACAACGGAAUUGGAAAUUAAUAUUAAAAAUUGUAUUUUUUGUGCACUUUAUUAAGCUAAUACGUAUUAUUAACGCACUUUCUUAUAAUAUUCAUAAAAAUAUUUGGAAGUGUGUUUAGAUGUUACUAACAUACUUCUUUUUACUACGUAUCUACUUAUGUUAUCCAUGUGUCUUUAAAAGCAAUGUAAUCUAUUUAAAAUACUUUCAUUAUUUAGUUUAUUUUUCAUAUCUUAAAUUAUACCAAUAGGGGAGAGUAAGAGGAGAAAGGAUAGAUUUCAAGUUUUGAUUAUAAAGUCUUCUACUUAUAUCAUGCAUGUACGAUCAAAUUAUUUAUUUGACAUGUUUGACAAUAAACUUAUUAUACUUAUUAGUAUUAUUAGUCUCAAGACUAUUUUAACUGUACUGUAUGAAAUAAACAGUUCUUGUGAUUGUGUUAAGUAUAUUUAAAUAAACAAAAUGAAAUUA